CUCCCACCAUCCAUUGAGCCCUCAUCUGCCCCUCCCCGGCCGACUACACACCCAAUACCGCCAUCAUGGUUGCUAUGUACACCAUCGCCGGCCGCCAGGUCGGAUCGCACGUCGUACGUUGCCCCCAUCCGCCUGUUGCCAAAUCUUCGACACAGUUACUCUUCGCGCCAUCGGAGCUCCAUGCCCGCCUUCUGAGCUUCACGGCUGCCUUUGCAGAUUGCGAGAGAACGCGAAGGGACGGAGAUGGCGGUGAUGGAUGGGCGCUGACAAGUGGAAUCACAGCUCGCCAUGGCGACCCUCGGCACGACGUUCCUCGGCGCCUACCUCUCCAUGGGUGGCAGCAAGAAGACCGAGCAGACGACCCCUCCCAUCAACGCGAAGAGCAAGGAGGAGGAGAGCUUCGUAAAAGACUUCGUAAAGAAGGCUGAAGAGAAGGUUACCGGUACGAAGCAUUGAGCCAUGGAUAUCUCAAGAGAAUUGGAGUCAACCUGCGCUUGAACAGACAAGCAGGAGAGACGUGCGAUGGAAGGUCGCAGCAUACUGCUCGAAUAGACGGAAGUGCGAUAGGGCAU